AUGAGCCUUUCCAACUUCCCUAUCGGCUGGAAUUCCACUGUCAAGCUUUACUUGUUCAUUUUUGCCAAUUGCGCUUUUUUAGUGAGUUUUUAUUUCAUUUUUUUUGUUUUCUUUACUAUUACGUUUUUUUUCAGGCCUGCGGGGUGGCGUCUUUAGCUGUGGGUGUUUGGCUUUACACCGAUCGCAAUGAUUUCAUCGAGCUCACGCCUUCUUCUUUUUCAGGUAAACUUUUGAAUUUUUAGCUUUGUUAAAACUAUUUUUGACUUUAUACAAAACUUCUUGUUGAAGUUUUUAAUUAAUGAAUAAAAGCAAAUUUUUUUGUUUUUUUCUAAAACAAUUAAAUGUUUUUUUGGUUUUUUUAUCAGAGGUUUAACGUAAAUUACAACAUCGUGAAACGUAAAAAGCAGACAAAACAGCAAAAUCAUGCACCGUCACCAAAUUUGUUGAUUUUUUUGCAACAUGAAUAAAAUUUUGAAAAAAAUCGCUAAAAGCUCAAUUUUUCAUCUCAGUAGUUUCCAGGCUUUAUCUUUUUCCUUCAUUUUAAAUUUAGGUUCAAUAAAAAAACCAUUUUCAGCCCUAUCCGCAGCUGGUUUAUGCUGUUUCACGGGCGCGACCGUUUGCAUUAUUUCGGUGGUUGGCUGUACGGCCGUCUGGAUUGAAGGCAGAUUCUUGAUGUACACGGUUAGUCGUUUUUUUUUUCAUUUCUACCUUUGAUCGAGAAAAUUCCGGCUUUUCAAGUUAAAUUCCUAUAUUUCAGUACAUGGGAUUUGUUCUUCUGCUUGGAAUAGUCCAUACCGUCACAGGUACUACAGGACUGUUUUACAAGGUAAGUAACGCCAUCAAUUUUGCAAAAAUACUGAAAUAACUAAAUUUGAAGGACUCGGCCCGUGAGCACGUGAGGCUUGAUUUGCUCAAAAACAUCAACGCCACCCAUGUUAUGACCAGAAUCGGCCGAAAGAUCGAUCUCAGCCUCACGUGGGAUCAUUUACAGCGUUCUGUAAGUAUUCAACUUUUUUUUAAAUUUUUACAGAUAGAAAUAAGUUUGGAGACAUUUUUUACGAUUAGUUCCAGAGUUUUGAUUUUCAGUCUUUUUUUUAGAUUUUAUUGUGUUUAAUUUAAACUUCAAAUUAUUUUUUUAAACGUCCCGUAUCUCAUCGAAGUUUUUCCUCAAAUACUCAAUUGUCUUUUCAAAAGCGGAACUGAGGCAGGAUAUGCUGGAACUUGAAAAUUAAAAAAUGUUUUGAAUGGAAAAACUACAAAUUCAAGCUGAAAUUGUUAAAAGUUUGAUGCUGGCAUUUGUUUCAAUCAUACACAAUACAAUAUUUAUUGGUUGUUUUAGUCAGAUGGUAUUGACUAGGCGGUGAAAAAUUGCUCUUUUGGGCGGCACUAACACCGCCUUUGGCAAAAAAGAAGUCAAAACGUGUAGUCGAUUGAUUUGAAAGCAUGGUAUUACGGUCCUCGGGUACGGGCACGGCGAUGAUGGUAGGGCUCGGGCACGGAAGCUGUGUACACUCUAGGGUAGCCUCGGCCGACUGAGAGAGCUACCACUUCGAGUAAAGAAAAUACACGGAAUAAAGAAAAUACACGGAAUGAAGAAAAUACACGGAAUGAAGAAAAUACACUGAAUGAAGAAAAUACACGGAAUUUGGCAGGAUAUCAUCAUCAAAAGAUUUCCCCAUCUCAGGAAGAUCCUGAAGAAGUUUAGCUUUUCAGCAGCUUUUUAAAAAGUAAGUAGAGCUGUUAGGAAAUUAUGUGGAAGGCGUUUGACCACUUGCUGGAAAAUAUCUGUACGCCUUCCGAGUAACUGAAAGCAGAAGCUUUCCUAUUUUUACCUGAGAUACUCUAGCAACCUUUUUUUCAGAAGUCAUACAGUUUUCUUUAGUUGAAAUGCUGUGGAGCUGACGGCUAUGAAGAUUGGUUCUACUCGACGCAGUGGCCCAGAAGUCAGUACGCUCCGGACAGUUGCUGCGACCCAAGACAUUUUGAAGACGUAACUGAUAUGACCAACUGUGGAAAAGUGCCGGACGAUGGCAGCCAUUUCUAUCGUCAGGUUGAUCAAUUUCUCCUUUUUUUCAUUUAAUUUCUUCUGGAUUUGCAUCGAAUCUUUCAAUUUCAGGGCUGUUAUCCAGUGUUCAUCGAAUGGCUUUUCCAUCACAUCGUUGUGGUCAAUUGGGUUUCCAUUAUACUGAUUAUUGCUGAGGUAUUUCAAAGCUCCGUAAUACAUUUUAACCAUGGACUUGGAUGAAUGCGUAACUCGUAUUAUGAAAAUGAAAAAAUGAAGACGACAGCAUUUUCAAACUUUUCCCAAACUUGAAUCAUUUUGAAAUUAGUGCAGUCCAUGAAAAAAAAUCUACUUCAGCCAUCAACAGGCGGUUUUGGUAGAACAGUUGCAAUAACCUAAAAAUAAAAAGCUGAAACAGUAAACUUAUUUAAGUGUGCAGAUUAACAUUUUAUUCCAUUCUGAUAUUUUUUCAGUUCCUGGUUCUCGCGAUUUCUUAUGUGAUGCUGCGGGAAAUGACCGAUGUCAACCACAAAAACUACAAAAGGUUCGUUUUCCCUCAAAUGGUCGUAUUUCAGAAAACAAGAAAAAAUUUCGAAUCUUACUAAGACUCAAUGGAUUCCAGAAGUAAUGGCAAAAAACUAUGGCCAUUCUCGGUUUUUAGAAAUUGAAUCGUCAAUUUUUUAGCUUUUCCAGUUAAAACAAUAUGCUGGAGUUUUCCCGAGACUUUUUCAAAUUUAAAUUAAGCGUUUCCUAUUGAAGCAUCUUUGGAGGAUAUUUUGUUUCUUCAUGAGUAGGCUAUAAUUUCAAAAGCUGUAUUAUCUUCUGCAUAGCGUUUUAAUUUUUUUUUAAUGAAAAAAGUAAAAAUUCAGAUGCAGCAGACGUCAAAUCGUGGAAGAGGCGAAUGAGCAGUUGCAACUAAGUCCCUUGGAUCGCGUCGGCGACGCCUCCCAAGAAACGGACCAAACCCACGUUUACAGCACCCAUCCUGGCACCGUGUCGGAUGCGAUGAGUAUCGACUCUCGAUAA